AUGUCCCUGAACCGCGUAUCCUCGCUCGAGUCCUUCGCCCAUUUCACAUUCGAGGGGCAGCGGAGAUCUCCCUCGCCCAGCAGCCGCGACAGACGCUUGAGUUUCAACCCCUUACCAGAGUCAUGGGAUCCUCCCACGAGUAAGCCCGGCUACCUGGAGUCUGUGGGUGCAUUUGAAGUCCCAAAGUGGAAGAGAGUUUUGCAAGUGUUUGCAACAGUUAUAUACUGCCUCUUCGCAGCAGGAAUCGUGUUUGGAUAUGCAGCACUCAAGCCCGUCCUGAAAAAGGAGGGCGCCUAUCAGGAUGUCUGCGGCGCCGAUGACUCCAGCGCAAGCCUCGAUGACGUCGACACCUGCGUCGAGAUCCGCCUGAACCUGAUGUUCACUGUGGCCGCCGUCUCUACAAACGUUGCUGCUCUUCCGAUCGGCACUAUCCUGGAUCACUUUGGACCCCGUGUGUGUGGUCUAUUCGGCUCCUUGUUCUUGACGGCCGGCGCCCUCUUGAUGGCCUUCGAGAGAAGCCUGCCUUUUGAUGGCCUUCUUUUUGGAUAUCUUUUCCUGGCCCUUGGUGGCCCGUUCACGUAUAUUUCAUCUUUUCAGCUUUCAAAUGCGUUCCCGAAACAUUCAGGGCUCAUCCUAGCCCUCUUAACUGGUGCUUUUGAUGCGUCCAGCGCAUUGUUCCUGGUGUACCGUAUUAUCUUCGAGAAAACUGGUGGAUCUUUCGGCCACGACAAAUUCUUCCUGGCAUACCUCGUGGUGCCAGUCAUCAUUGCUCUGUUGCAGUUCGUUCUGCUACCAAAACAUUCAUACAAGACAAUUGGUGAGAUGAUCGAGCAGGUCGACGAGCCCCUGCCUCAGCGUGAAGACCAGAUGGACGAGAACACGGCGCUGCUGGAGCAGGAAAGGAGGGAACACAGAGAGAACAUCGCCGCGGACCUUGAGGAUCUGCUUGGCUCCGUGAGGGCGGACAAGCAGCAGCAAAAAGAGGAGAAGAAAAAUGAUAUAUCCGGCGUGUGGGGCGUCAUGCAUGCUUACACCGCAUGGCAGCAGAUCAGAUCUCCUUGGUUCAUCCUCAUAUGUCUGUUUACAGUGAUCCAAAUGACAAGAAUCAACUACUUCGUGGCCACAAUCCGGCCACAAUACGAAGCCCUCCUGCACUCGCACGAUCGGGCUGUUCAAAUCAACAACUUUUUCGACCUGGCGCUGCCGAUUGGCGGGAUAUUAUCAAUUCCCUUCAUAGGCCUGCUUCUCGAUCACUUCUCCACCGUCGUAGUUCUGUUCUGGCUAGUAGCCGUGACCACCGCCAUCGGUGUGUUCGGGAUCAUCCCCGAGAUGUGGGCCGCCUACACCAACAUCAUACUCUUCGUCCUCUACAGGCCCUUCUACUACACCGCCGUGUCAGACUACAGCGCCAAGGUCUUCGGGUUCAAGACCUUCGGCACCGUCUACGGGACAAUCAUCUGCUUGUCGGGUUUGUUCAACUUCUCGCAGUCUGGCCUGGAUUAUCUGCUCCACUCGACGUUUGAAGGGGACCCAAUACCCGUCAAUCUCAUGCUCUUGUCACUGGGACUGGUCGUGGGAGUUAGCAUGGUCGUGUACGUGGGCUACCAGGUAAGGGGCUUGAAGAGAAAGAUGCUUGAGAUGGAAGCAGAAAGGGCGGUUGGGACAUACAAUUGA